UAUACGCAUGAGAACUCGUCCGGUGUGAAAUUCGUCAGUUCGGCGACCGCAAUUUCACUUUCGUGAGCCGCUUUCUCGUUUUGUCACUUUCGAAAAAAAUAUUACUUGUGUGAAUCAAACCCGUUUCCGUACUUAUAUUAUUCCAUUGUAAAGUGUGAAAUAAUUUUCGUGAGCCGUGCAUGGUAUUUGUUUCACGUUAAAUGGAUUUUUAUCGAAAAAUAUGGUGUAUACAGAGGGAUAUUUGAAGGAGAAGCUGACCAAGGAUUUGGACGCCGUUCACGUCGUAAGUAAUCUGUCAAAAUUUUAUCGAACAACCUGUGCCGCGUUGUAAAAUAAAUAGUUAUUUAUGAAUGAAAAUAAGUAUUUGUAUCGAGUUUUUAAUCUAAUAAAUCGGCAACAUGACGAGAAGAGCAGAUCCGGACAAAUUUAGUGUGACGAAAGAGGCGUUACUUCCCGGUCUAUUAUUCGCUUUGCUACUGCGUUGGUGCGUGGCGGCUUAUCCGUAUUCAGGAUAUAAGACACCGCCUAUGUACGGCGAUUACGAAGCACAGAGACAUUGGCAAGAAAUUACAGUGCACACGCCAAAAGGUAAAUGGUACCAUAACACCACGCAAAAUGAUCUUCAAUACUGGGGCCUGGACUACCCGCCGCUCACGGCGUACCAUAGUCUUCUCAUGGGGCUGGUUGCCGACUGGCUCGAUCCAGAAUCCGUGCGCCUUUUUGCGUCCAGAGGUUAUGAAAACGAUUUCCAUAAAACAUUCAUGAGAUGGACUGUUUUUCUGAGUGACAUUUAUUUUUAUGUGACUGUAGUGCUGUGCAUAUGCAUGGAUGCUGAAAGAGUGUUGGGUAAAGAACCAAAAGAUAAGAGUGUGUUUAAAAGGACUGACAUAUCUACCACAAUGUUUUUAUUGUACCCUGGCAUAAUAUUAAUUGACCACGGUCACUUCCAAUACAAUUGUGUUUCUCUUGGUUUAUUUUUGUGGGCUACUUUCUUUAUAAUAGCCAUAGAGAAUGAUACAUUAGCUACAGUCUUUUUUGUGUUUGCUUUGAAUUAUAAACAGAUGGAACUGUAUCAUGCUUUGCCUUUCUUCUUUUACUUGUUAAGAAAAUGUUUUAUAGGAAUGCCGUUGGGCCGGGGCAAGGUUUCACAUUUUGUCCGGAGCUUUAAUAAACUUGCUAUUGCUGUUGUUUCAACAUUUGUUAUAGUUUGGUACCCAUUCCUGGAUGGCUGGGACAAUGUUUUUCAAGUUUUAAAUAGACUGUUUCCCUUAAAUAGAGGUAUAUUUGAAGAUAAAGUCUCAAAUGUUUGGUGUAUGGUAAAUGUAUUUAUUAAGCUUAAAACUAUUUACAGCAAUCAUGAAAUGGCUAAAACUUGCCUGUUGAUCACAGCAAUGGCAGCUGGGCCAGCUUGUGUUGACUUAUUUUUUAGGAUUAAUAAGAAGAAGUUUGUGCCAUGCUUAAUCAAUGUGUCACUGGCAUUUUUCUUGUUUUCUUUCCAAGUUCAUGAAAAAUCUAUUUUGCUAGUGGCAAUACCUGUUGCUCUACAUUUACCUGAAGAUCCAUUCAUGUGUUUCUGGUUUUUGUUAGUGUCUAGCUUUAGUAUGCUUCCCUUGUUGGUAAAAGAUGGUCUGUUUAUCCCUUUUAUUGCUACCAACCUCAUUUAUACCUCAUUUUACAGUAUCUGCUUGCGGUUGUCUCAGCCAAAUUCUGGCUACUUUUCUAUCUUCAAUGCAAACCGUGUUGCUAAGACUGUUCAACCAAAUAAGAAGGAUAGUUCACCGUUGUUGAGUUUCUUGAGCCUGAUAUUCUUCAUAUCUGUAAUUGGGAUGAUCUUAUUGACUAUAGGGACAGUGUUUGUAGAGCCUCCACCACAGUACCCUGAUAUUUUCCCAUUGUUAGUUUCCGCAUAUUCAUGUGGGCAUUUCCUUUUCUUUUUCUUCUACUUCUACUACCAACAGUUUUCCCUGCCUGUUUGCUUGCCAGCGGUAACAAAAGUCAAAAGAAAGUAAUGUGAUAGUUAAUACCGAGUUAAAGUUACCUAUUUUAAGUCUCAAC